UGGCAUGCAGUGGUGAAGCAAAGUAAAGCAGGAAGUGAAUCCGUACAGUAGAAGAUGGUAUGGUACACUCGGUUAAGGCGUUUCUAUGCUAGCCACCGGUGUUUCAAUCACUUAACUGUUUCGGUCCUUGUUUUUGAUAGUACCGCCUAUGGUACCGCAUGGUACCACUAUGUACUGCCGUACUCAAGUGCACAGCUGGCACAGCUCAAAACACAACACGUGUGCACGUGUACACGUAAGUCUUGGCUCCUGGCAGAUUCCGACGAAACCACAGUAGUGUUGGUGCCUCCAAGAUUGGGCAAUGUGCUGUCGAAUCUCGGAGGCAAACAGUGUGCAGUUUGCGCUGUGUGUGUUGUCUUGUCCUUCUUGUGAUUGUUCCCUCAGCACUAUACAGCCCGAUGAUCAUAAACCAACAAGCUUAAAUUUCAACUCUCUACAUGUAGCAUGCUUAUUUCGUGUUUUUAGCCGACUACGGGUGGACAGCGGGGCCCAAAAUCCUCCCAUGGAGGAUGAAAAAUGCCCUCCGAACUUUCCCCACUGUUUUCCCGUAGGAGGCCUGGGUUGCCUGGGUCUUUUCUGCGCAUCCGCAUAGUUUAUCGAGCAAAGUCAUACGAGCAUUUAAAACUGGGCAAUUGAACAGUAGUGGCAGUAGGGCUGGUAGGGCGGCUAGAGGCGAUUUCCCUCGCCCAACAUGACUACAUAUGAUAUGUCCAUGAUAUGUCUCUGCAAAGCCGUGCUCCCGCAAGGGCUGCAGAAGAUAACGUCAACCUUUCCUUUUCCCCUCAAGAACCCCUUCUCUCCGAAGAAUGUACCGAUGCGUACGAGCCGAGAGGUUUACGGAGUGCGGGAAGUCAGUUUGGCCAGGUAUUUAAUCAGGAAUACAUACCACACCAUGCAUAGUGUUGAAAGCAAAUUGACAGGUGCGCAGCAUUAAAGAAACGAAAUGAAAAAGUGCGUUCUCUUGCCUUCCUCUACUUGGUUUUGGUAACUGUACAUUGGUGCCGCCAACUCGCAUGGAACUAGCUAAGUGAAAACGAACAGGCAUACACGGCAUAUGUGAAUUUCCUCUGCAUGUGUUACCAGUACUUGGUUUUGGCUGCAUACAAUGAUGCCAGUAAAUGAUGAAAAAUAGAGAAGUUUAAUGGCACAAGAGAUUCGACCUUUCACUUGUUUGUAUUUUGAAAUUUCUCAAGUGAGUAAGUGACGACUGCUAGUGCUAAUUUCUUUUGUUAUUUGUGCAUGCACAUUUACUCGACAUUAAAAACAGAUUUCCAUCAUAAUCAGCACCAUAUAGAAAAUCAGUGGGGGCCCCUUUAAAGGCAGAUGCCAGGAGAUCAAGUGUUGUUGAAUGCCCUGCAGACUGCUUAAAAUUUUGAACUCAAUGUAGGUUAGGCAUCUCUAAAGCAGAGAGAGCAGUUUACUUUUCCAAAAAUUUCAUAUGUGGUGCGGCCUAUAGUGGUGGCGUAGAUGAAUUUCAUUGUUUGUUGAAAGGAAUCGCUCAUAACGCACGUGAAGCUGAUUCAUAUAUUCCUAACCUGUAAACCUCAGUGCUACUGUUUUGCGUAUUCGACAAAUUUCAUUGGAAACGUUUGUUGGCCUUUACAAGUAUGCCUAAUUUAUGUGUGCGUGCCCACUGUUCACUAUAACAGGUAUUCAGGAAGGCAGCAAAAAGGUGCCCUGCUAGAAAAUCGGAAGAUGCCUUCCGAAAUGGUCACCUCAACUCGCUCCUUGCAGAGAAUGAAGUGCCUAAUUUCCAGGAAGAAGUGACAUGUCUCACAAAUGAAAACAAAUCACUAAGGGCAGAAAAUGGAAAGCUCAUGAAUGAGAACAAAAAGCUGCACAGCAGACUAGAAAUGCUCGAGAAAGCAUUAUGCAGCAAAAUUUUUGAAUCAGAAAGCUGCAUCCCAUCUGUGGCACAGAAUUCAACUGGAGCCAUGGCUACAACAAUAACACAGAAACAGCAAGAAGUUGCUGCAGGGCCUGGCUUGCAUCCAGCACAAGCAAAUGAGGUGCCGCAGGGCACUUGUGCUACACCUGCAGUGCAUACAAACUUGCCCCCCAGCUGCACCAGGGAGGAAGAAAUCUCAACUGCCGUACAGCCACUUGUCACCAUACCACCAAUUUCAGUGGAGGGAGACAAGGUGCUGUUUGGAUCUGGUGGUGUGUGUGUGCCAAAAGCAGCAUAUGACCAUUUGAUGCAGCGCCAGAAAGAUGGCAUUUUUGUCCGUGAGGCCUGCGUUCAGUUUUUUUCAACUGCAGGCCUUAUGGGUAAAAGUGUCACGGGUGCUGCAUCAAAUCGCACUAAAGGUGAAGCUAAACCAGCUCUGGAUGCAUUCAAGUACGAUGCGCUAAAAGUUUUUUUCAGGCACUACCUGGAGAAGCGGUGCAGCAGUGAAGAUGACAUAAGAAGGAGGCACAACCUGCUUGGAAAGCUUGUUGCUGGAAAGAUUGCGGAUCUGAUGAAGAAGAAGAAGUAAUUUUUGUAAAUAUUGUUUGUAAAUAUAAUACAUGCUUACUUUCAAAUGAAAUUUGUUCUUUUUUAUAGACUGGUUGCCACAUUGCAGUCCUCACUUCUGUAUAGCACUAUUGUUUUGAUACAUAAACAAUGUGCUUAGACCAGUAGGCAACACUACCAAUAGACAAAUACACUACUAAUAGGCCAAUAGAGUGCCAAUAGACAAAUACACUACUAAUAGGCCAAUAGAGUGCCAAUAGACAAAUACACUACUAAUAGGCCAAUAGAGUGCCAAUAGACAAAUACACUACUAAUAGGCCAAUAGAGCACCAAUAUAUACCAGUAAGCCACCAAUAGGCUUAUACAAUACCGAUAGACCAAUAUGUUCAAUAAUCCCA